AUGAGGCGAUUUUUGGAUUUGGAAAAUAGCGGAGCUCAUUCAAAAAACGCCGGUGCCCGGAAGCAACGUCAGCAGGAGAACGUUCGCGUUUUGAUGAGCUACGUGGAUAAGGAGGAUAUCUGUACCGACUUCUCCGACAUUGUCCCUCAUACGGUUACUCCAUUUGAAAAACUGUUCAUUGAUCGAGAAAAUAUGCAGAUAUGGAACGAUUUUAUUGAACGGGAUGAAGAAGAGCAGCGGCAAAUUCUGAACAACGAGGAGAGCAGCAGUGGCUGUGGUUGGUUCAUAGUUGGCGGAUCAUCGUCAAAAACGUUUCAAGGCGUGGAUGGACGGAAACGUCACCCGGCAUAUUGUGGAAAGGCUUGUUUCCAGCGCAUGGAUGGCAAAAGUAAACGCCUCUUAUCCGGAAAACGUCUACCUUGGGCGUUCAUCGACCGUCUUGAAGGAGAACUUCUAUCAUUUUUCUGUUCCUCAUCUCCUGGAGCUGCUGACCUAGGUGACGAUGCCGUAUACGUCUGUGUCUUCGAAAACUCGCUCGAACGAGCGCUUGGACAUGCCAUCGCUCAGUACCUCAUGCUCAAAUCUAAAAGUGUGACCGAUCGUGGAAGUGGUGAGCGGUUAACUGAAUUUCGGAAUCCUCGAGCCUUCUUCAUACCGCCUCGUAUUCGGCUCAUACCGUUUUUAUCAUCUUUACGUCCGGAGCCUAUAGAUUUCCCUUCCAAAUGUGAAGAUGGGGAUCGUGAAAAAGAGGAAAGCCCUGAUUCCUCAUUUAGUGAUAUUUAUCCUGACAAUGUAGGAUCUUAG